AUGAAUGUGAAUCGUUAUUUAGCAAACAUUAUACAAACUAAUGGUUGCAGAAUGUGGAGAAAUCCCAAUGCAAAUCCGAAUAUUCCGGAAAGUUCACUAGAACUUUUCAUAAAGAAUAUUCCACAAAACUUAUUUGAAGCUGAUAUCUUACCACAUUUUGAAAGAUUUGGACCAAUUUACGAAUUCCGAUUGAUGAUUGAUUACAACAAUAAGAACCGUGGAUUUGGAUAUUUAAAAUAUGUCUGGGACAAGUCAGCAUUGCAAGUUUUGGAUUGUAUGGGAUACUUUUUCAUACGAAGAGAAAGACAAUUGACAAAGCUGGAAGUUGAGGAAUCUCAACAACGAUCUCAUUUACUUGCACUAAACAUUCCAUCUUACAAAUCUGACACAGAAAUUGAAGAAAGUUUCAAGAAAUUAUACGCUAACUUGGAAAGCAUUUCAGUUGAUCGUGAAAAUCCUAGAAAUCCUAGAAAUGAACAGAGCACUUGUUCAGCAUUUCUCAAUUUUCCUAACCAUCAGGCAGCAUUAGCAGUAAAGCGUGCUAGUGGUACUGGCUUAACCAUUAUGUGGAACCGAAACAUAAAAAUUUUGUGGCCAUCGGCAGAAGAUUGCGAAAAAUUCAAGAUGAAAAGUAAAGACGUAAAGCAUGUUCUUGUUCAUAACGUUCCUUUCCAUUUGGAUGCUGAUGGUUUUGGAUCUAUGAUUAGUGAAUUUGUUCGUCCAGAGAAAAUUAUUAGCAUCAGAACAUAUCGAACCCAUUUUUUACUGGAAUUUUCAAAAAGUAAAGCAGCAUUCGAGAUUUGUGCAAAAAUGCAUGGAAAGAAAAUUUUCAAUCAAAAUAUUUCUACUGAAUUGAUUACAUAUGAACAUUUCAAAUCAGUUCCUAUCUUUGCUGAUUUUGACUUUGAAUUACGAUGCAUGUGCUUUGCUAAUUAUUGGGAUCCACCAAUUUUCAUUUAUGGUCUCAUAAUUCCAGACACAAACACUCAACAAGUUGCAGUCAUAAUUAAAAACAAUUGCAAGAAUUUACACGUCACGUUUCUCAUUGAAGUAAAGUUCGAAAAUUUGAUAGAAAUUCAUUCUCGAGUCUGUGAAGUGAUUUUGUUCUUUCUUUUGGAAUGGAAACAACUUCCCAAAUUUAACACUGUCAUCAAGUGUUCUGAUGAUUGGGCAGUCGUUGUUGGUUUUAUCAAGAAUAUGGAAUUCCCAUCCCUCCAACCGUCUUUUCUGAUGCAUCAAGAACCAACUUCCAUUUACCUCAACGACAUUUUCAACUUGUCUCGAAUGUGCUUUCAUUUCAUCACACAUGCAAACAUUGAUGAAGUUUAUUUGGAAUACAAAGCAUGUUUAAGAAAUUUUUCUCGAGAAUUUUUGUGUGGCAUAUAUUACGGUGAUUUUAUUUUGGGAUGCGUUGAUCCAAAGUACCGAAAGGGCAAGGCACUUAAAUAUUUAAUGAACUCACGAAACAUGAUUCUUGCAAUGUGCUAUUGUGACACGCGAUCCAAUGUCAAUUACAAACAUAAUCCGCUUUUAUUCAACGUUGAUAACAUAGGGGAAACUGAACAUUCGACAUGGAAUUUCAAAUUAAAAAGUGAGAAAGUAGAAUUGCUUCCACUCGGAUAUACUCAAGUACAAAGUGUUCAUGACGUUGAGCGCAAAUGCAUUGAAUUUAAUAUGAUCGAUGAAUACAAAUUUCGUCCAGUUUCCGAUCAAUCUCGUUUGAAUCUCGCAGUUCCACAACCUUUUGGUGUUCCGCAAGUGCCACCACAACCAUUGUGGAACAAUUAA